UAGAAACAUUAAAAUAAAAGAAAAAGAAAAAGAGAAAGAAAGAAGAAUCCAUAAAAUUUUUUAUAAAUUUGGGACAUAUUAAGAUUGGGCUAAUAUGACCUUGUAAUAUGAUAAAUACGAACAACGAACUUUUUCCUUACUUAGCAAAUAUCAUCAUCGUUGUCGUCGUUGUUGUAUCUAUAGUUACCAAGGAAAAACAUAGAAUGAAUGCACGUCGACGAAUCAACGACCAAUAAAGAGCCGGUCCCAUUUCUAUGCGUUCUCCAGUAGGUCCUUGAGCACCAUGGACUAGGACCAAUGAGGAUCCUUGUUAGUGGCGCGCUACUUUCUUUCGAAGCUUCUCGAGGAUUUCGAUCGAACUAGUUCAGAGCUUUUACUCCUCAGAAUGUAAAUCGCUUUACUGUGCACCGGUUGCUUCGCACAGGACGCGGGAUUAUGACGCGUCGCUCGUAAAAAAAAAAAAAAAGAAACCACUGAUUAUAUAUUUCCGUCAACUUCCUUUCUACAUUUUUAGUAAUAAGAUUAUUAUUAUAUAGAAUCAGAUAUUAUAAUAAAUUUAUUAUUAUAACAAAAAUAAUAUCAUGGAGUCCUGCGGUAUGAGCCUGAUUAAAUAUAUCCUCUUCGUCUUCAAUUUGAUCUUCGCUAUUUCUGGUAUUGGGAUCAUCGUAGCGGGAGCUCUCGUUCUCGGAGAUGUCGGCGAGUUUAGCCAUUUUAUCGAAGGAAGGAUAAUGGCACCUCCCAUCGUCCUCAUAGUCGCUGGUGUUAUUGUUUUUAUUAUUGCCUUCCUCGGUUGUUAUGGUGCAAUUAAAGAGCACUAUAGCAUGCUGAUCGCUUUCGCAGGUGCACUCUUGAUCAUUUUUGUGAUCGAACUUGCGGUUGGAAUUGCAGCGGCAGUUUUCAAAAAUGAUUUCAGUAUGGCGAUGAAGGAUACGUUAAAGGAAUCGAUGAAGAAUUAUACUGACGCAGACAAAUUUGCCUGGGAUAAUGUGCAGAGCAAGUUGAUGUGCUGCGGAGUAGAUGGACCAAAUGAUUGGAUUAUGAACAAUGCCUUCAUUGCGACUUUGCCACCUUCUUGCUGCAUGAAAAUGCAAAAUCCUUGUGGAAUUGGAAGUCUUGAUGUUAACAAGGAAGGUUGCUUCGAAAAAUUGAAAAUGCGUGUUCAAAAAGGAGCUACUAUAUUGAUCGGUGUAGGAAUCGGAAUUGCUUUUGUAGAGGUCGCUGGCAUAAUACUUGCUUGUUGCCUAGCUAUGGCCAUAAAAAGAGAGACUGCUAAAUGAAACGAGGUCGUUUAAUUUUUCAUACGAAUUUUCUUUUUUACAUUAUUUAUGUUCAAUUUAUUCGAUUUACAUCUGAUUACAUCAGCUGGUCUUCAUAAGGAUAACAUAGGAAUAAGAAUUAAGACAGAAUCGCUUCCUCGUAUAAAAAAAUAAUUCAUAAUGAAAAGUAUACUUAAUCGAUUGAUCAAUAUUUGUUAUGGGUAAAAGUAAAAAUGAUAACAAAUAUUUCUUGCAUUUUGUUGUAUUUUUGUAACGUGUUUGUGAAAAUAUAUAGGGUGAUUCUUAAAUGUAUAUCAAUACUUCAGGGUUUAAAUUUAAUAUAAGAUAUAUAGGACAUAUGUUCAUAUAACUUUUUUUUACUUAUAUCAGUAUGUAGAUUUAAUUCCUAAAGCAUUGACAUUCAUUUAUGAAUCACCCUUUAUAUACAUGCACUUAUUACAACGAAUACAUUUAGAUUAACUUGUGUGAACGUGUAUGCUAGAUGUUUUAGUAGUUAAUACAUAAAUGUCACGUACUGUUAUUGGAAAAAAACUCACAUCGACCGAUAGGUCUUUUAAUGUCUUUUUAAUAAAAGCACCUAUUUAAUGUAUACCUAUUUAAGGUAUAUAUAUAUAUAAUAUAUAUAUAUAUAUAUAUAUAU